GCACACGUGUAGUACAGAAUGGAGGUGUAUUAUCACCAAAUGCAGCUUUAGCAAGAGAAGGAGUGUAUGUCAAGAAGUGGGAUUUCGGCACCAUUCAGUGUAAUAAUAAUGCACCUACUCCUAUUAUUGUUGACGCUGAUUUUUUCAUCGAUUUAUUUGAUGUACAACAAGUGGUUUUAGAAUCACAUUAA